AGUAUUGGUUAGGGUUACUGUCCUCUGAGCAGUCGCGAAGUAUACGUCUGAACCAUGUAGCAUUUUGUUAUUUGAGACGCAAAUUCUACCUAAGAAAUAUCGAAGUUCAUCAUAUUAAUUCUAAAUUAAUAUUACAAAUAACUUAUCUGUAAUCAUCAAUUACACUCAAACAUAACCAUGUGCGCUUCGAAUACAUCUAUAGAAUGUUACACAACAACACAGUAUAGAGAUUGUGAUGAGUUCUAUAAUCCUAAUAUUUGCCAUGUUUGUAAAAGUGUAACUGACUUCAUCGUAACGUGUAGAAAGUGCUGUAUGAUCAUUUACUGCAACAGGCAUCAUGAACGGUUGCACGAAAAGCAGCAUAUGGAUAUGUGCAAAUCUCUAAGAUGUAUUCUAGACAACUAUAACGAAUUUUUCGAUCCUACACGUCGUUUCAGCCAGAAGGAAUGGAUCGAGUCAAGAAAACAAUUAAUGAAGAUAGUUAAGCACGAAUUGCUACGUAAUCUAAAACCGUAUGAAAAGCAGAUGAUCUUGUUUCCAAAAUCGUGUCUUAUUUGUCAUCAACAGGUGCGUCUAAAAACUUGCAUGACAUGUCAUUCCAGCAACUAUUGCGAUGAACACAUAGAAGCUUUUCAAAACCAGCAUAAUUCCAAUUGCGAAGGUCUUGCAUUAUGUCUUACUUUAGCUCGUAAACUUCCGCAUAAUUAUACUUAUCACAACAAAUUUGUUACGUUUCCCGACAAGGAUAAACCCGUUGAUGACAUGAAUUCAUUUAUUCUACAAUAUAUACGAACAGAAAAGAAUGUAAAUAUUUGGGAUGCGGAAGACUAUUACUGUUCUGAUUACGUGUCAGGACCGUUAACAUUGUAUUAUAAAAUGGAAUAUUCAAAUCUGUUACAUAUCUUCGGUGAAAAAAGUUCUAUCUGUGUUGUACAUAUAAUAGCGGCAAGCUCAGUUGACAAAAAAUAUGUCUCUGCAUGGGAAAUUCUCCUGCAUCUUUUAGAUGAAAUAAAGCAUUUAAAACUUGUUAUGAUAGUUUGUUGUAGAUGCAAAUCCAUACAUAAAAAGUUCAGUUUCGAAUCUCACCGUAUGUUGUACCACACUUAUGUAAACAGUGAAUAUUAUAUUCGGCCAAAUAUAAUAUUAGGAUUUCAAACAGAUUUUAGUGAUGUGGAAAUGUGGUCAGCAUCGCUUGUAGAAUUACGAGAUCAAGACUGUCCGUUUCUUGUAACCGCUAAAUCGAAAAUUAAAUCCGAUCAAAACAUAAGUAACAUAGAAAGAGUUCUAGGUGAAUUUUUAAAUUUAAUACAUAAUGACGAAAAUCAAUUCAGCUCAUCUAUGCCAUGUAGAGAUUUUGUGGACAACGAUUCUGUUUUCUACCGUAAUAAGUAUGUAGCUAUCUUUUUUAACUUAUAUCCUUUGAUGUGGUCGUUUUGCUGAAUAGAAAUGUAAUAUCAGAAUGACUAUAACAUUGUAAACAAUAACAAUAGCAUUGUAAAUUUUAAAUGUAAUUUAUCAGGUAAUAUAUUUACUGUUCUGAUAAAUGUGUUGUAGAUUUUUUUAAUAAAGGAUAUAUUUUUUAUAAAGAAACA